UUUGCCUGCCUACUACAUAGCUCCGUUAGGUGAUAAUUAUGACGCUCAUCGGUAGUCCACGAGGCUUGCGAUCUUUCGUUCUUCCAAUUGGGCUCAUUGCUAUUAGCCUCGUGGCCUUGGCAUUAUACCGUGGUAUAGGGGGCGACAAUGGCUUUCUACGAAAUCUCUCUAUGAUCAACAAUGGAAAAACAAACCAAGCUAGCACCCACGAGAAUCACCGUCCGACAAACACCCAUGCACCUCCGAAGUACAAGGAAACACCAACUUUUGCGUCCCCUUCUGCGACCGAUCCAUUCCCUCUUCUCACGAAGUCGACAGCAACACCUCCACCUAUUCCAGAAUACAACAUCCCCCGUCCUGGUUUACAUCGAGAGUACGGCCUUUCUUAUACCCCGCCGCUCUUCAUUGGAUUCACCCGGCAAUGGCCAAUGCUUCUGCAGUGCGUGGUCGGGUAUUUAACCGCGGGCUGGCCACCUGAAUCUAUCUUUGUAGUUGAAAAUACAGGCGUACAAAAUGCGAAUGCGCAGGGAAAGCUUAGUCUACAAAAUCCCUUUUAUCUCGAUCACGCAACGUUACGCAAGCUCGGGGUCAACAUUAUACAGACGCCUGUCUUGCUGACUUUCUCGCAAAUGCAGAACUUCUUUCUGAAUACCGCGUUCUCCCGGUCCUGGCCAUACUACUUUUAUUCGCACCAGGAUGUGUUAGUAUUUUCGUUCGAGGAUGGGCCUGACACGCUGGAGCGUGAUGGCGAUAGGAACUGGUUCUUUUAUGAUGAGAAAGAAGAAGCGGAUAUUAUGCGCCCAGCAGCGGCUGGGCAGGAUGGAUAUAAGACUAUUUAUGAGAACUGCUUGCGCGAGCUAAACCAAACCUUGGAGAGGGAGGAGCGCUGGGCCUUCCGCUGGUUCCAGUAUGAUCAUCUUACGUUAGUAAACAGAGCAGCGCUGGACGCUGUAGGCGGAUGGGAUUCGCUGAUGCCGUACUAUGGCAGCGAUUGCGACAUGAACGCGAGGUUGGAAAUGGAUGGAUGGACUAUGAGGUAUCGUCGUGUGGGUAUAAUUAACGACGUAUCAACGGUAUUGGAGGAUCUGGCUGCACUGUACCGUGAUCCGAACGUGAUCCCUCGAUUUAUCGAUCCGAAUCCGGCCUUUGCGCCAAAGGAGCAAUCCAAGGAGGCGCAGAAGGAGCCACCGAAAGGGGAACAAAAUUGGACGAAUAAGGAACAGAGAAAAGGUAGGAAAGGGGCGAAGGCGGAUGAGAAAAGGGACGACGGGGUUAAUGGUACCGAGAGUAUGAGUGUUGCCAGGUCGAUAGAGUAUUUCCGGGAACUGGUUAAUGUUGGUAACGACAUGGGCGCGUACAAGUAUCGCGACAAGAAGAAUUCUCGAAACUCGUGGCAAAACAGCCAGCACGGCGGAGUGGGUGAGCCCUACUAUUAUAACCCGGAGGGAUUCGCGGCGUCGUUCUGGAUCUUGGCUGAGGCUGGGCGUGAGGUCUUCCGUCAGAAGUGGGGGCACCGCGAAUGCAAUCUGGUCGAGGAGACAGCACUGAAGUUGGAAGAUCAGUGGCUGGUUGAAAAGGACUGGGAAUAAGUACUAUAUAAUAUAUAUCUACGGGAUGUUGAUUCUAGAGGCGUUCUGCUCUAUAGAGGGGCUAUUUAGAUGCUGUAAUGAUAUCCCCCAGGGGAUUCUUGGGCAGUAGUCAGUAAUUAUGUGUCGAUAAAGGCGUUAUAUUUGUAUUAUAACUAACGUCU